AAAUACAGAUCACCAAAUUUUGUAAUUUAAUUUUUGAAGCCGUUCAGCCCGUCGGAUAACAUCAGAUGACGUCAUAUUAGUGCGUCAAGCGAGCCACUCAUUCCCAGAAACUGAUCAUAUGAAUAUAAGAGAUCCAGUGAGAUGGCGAUAUUUCCCAGUUCACUGACAGAUGAGGAAGAAGCACUGCAGAAGAAAUAUGCCAAGUUAAAGAAAAAGAAAAAGGCCCUAUUGGCUCUAAAGAAACAGAGCUCCACCAAUCAGACGAGUCAGACUGGACUGAAGCGCACCUUGUCAGAUCAGCCGGUGGUGGACACGGCGACAGCGACAGAGCAGGCGAAAAUGCUUAUCAAGUCUGGAGCGAUCAGUGCCAUCAAAUCAGAAAACAAGAAUUCCGGCUUCAAGCGCUCUAGAACACUUGAGGGGAAACUAAAGGAUCCAGAGAAAGGUCCUGCCCCAGCGUUCCUGCCAUUUCAGAGGAGUGUCUCCACAGAUGAGGAACCUCCCGAUUCUGGUAAACGAGUCCAAAGGAAAUCGCUGUAUGAAUGUUUUGUUACUGGAGAUCGUUCUCGUGAGGAUGAAGGAGGAAUGUCAUCGAGUCGAGAUGUUGAGCGCGAGCGGGAGCAAGAGAUGGACUGGGAGAAGGAUCGUGACAGAGAACGGGACAGAGAGAGAGACCGUGAAAGAGGCCGGGACAAAGAACGCGAACGUGAUCGGGACAGGAGCCGCGACAGAGAAAGAGACAGGGACAGAGAUCAAAAUCGAGAUCGAGAAAGGGAUGGGCCCUACAGACGUUCAGACUCGUAUCCGGAGCGCAGAGGCAUGCGGAAGGGAAACACAGUGUACGUUUACGGCACAGGUUUAGUGGAGGAAAGCGUGCGCUCUGCCUUUGCUCAGCAUGGCAACAUUAUCGACCUUUCAAUGGACUCUUUACGCAACUGUGCCUUUGUUACCUUUGAAAAGAUGGAGUCAGCAGACCAGGCCGUGGCAGAGUUGAAUGGCACUACAGUGGGUGAUGUCAACAUCAAAGUCAGCAUUGCCAGGAAGCAGCCCAUGCUUGAUGCUGCCACAGGGAAAUCUGUCUGGGCUUCUCUGGCUGUGCAGAACAGUGCCAAGGGCUCAUACAGGGACAAACGGAGCCAAGUGGUCUACAGCGAAGAUUUAUUUUGAAAUCACAGUUAGCAACAUGUAUAAACUAGCUAAGCUGGUAGAAAACCAGCAUUAGCUUUUUGGCUAUAUACAGCAGGCCUUUUGUUUUUCAUUGAAUUGGGACAAUAAGUAAAUCUGUUACUUUUCAAAAGCAUGAUCGGCUGUUGAGUUUUGAAGUAAUUAAAGGUAUUGGGAGUACUCAACAAACUGUUUGUAGCUAGACAUUUAACUCAGUCAUGGCUUAUGUUGUUGCGUUCAAUAAAUAAAUCAAUAAACUUUUCCAUUA